CGCAACCCUCCAUGUUUGGGUUAGAUAAUAGCUCCUAAUAUUUGGGUUUUUGGACUGAUCACUGCCUUUUCAAUCAAGGCAAAGAAACCUUGUUGUUUAAAAAAUAUUUUUGUUUCUUCGUACUUCACAGUGUAUACUUCCUGAUCGCCACUAGUGACGUACCACGUAAAGCAAGAUGUUUAUGUGGAAAAUUUUGAUGUCUGCGAGUUAACAUGAUUGCCUAGUGAGUGGGCUUAACCAGAUGUGGUUUACAAUAUGGGCUGCACCAUUGUUACCCCUCGAUGCUGCAUAGUGGCCAAUGAGCAAGAGCAUGAGGACUUGGUACAAAUACCGAGCACAAGGAGACACUCUGCACCUCCUGUGUGUGGAGGAGAAGUUGCCACUCAGCAGGAACUGGAUAAAUUGAUACAACUUGGGGAGACGGAAUUGCUUUGGGGGAAGUCACGCAGAGAACUGGAGGAGAUCAUCCGCACUGAGCCUGUAAUAGGCUGGGAAGGAGAAGCCAUCGGGUCUCUCGGUGAAAUUGUGUGGUCCUCCUCUGUUGUCCUUCAUGAACAAUACAACGAGGAAGAGAGUAAAAGGCACCUCAUUCUCUUUCCAUUGCAUUUGUUACUUCUGGCCGUAGAUGAUGAGAAAAACAAGUUCAUUUAUCAGGGAUUGUUGCCUCUGUCAGGAAUUUCAGUCAGAACGUUGAUGGAAAAUACUUUUGAAAUUACUGGUUCAAUGUUCGAUUCUAGGAUAAUCACCUGUCCAGAUCCAGAAGAGUUUAGAAUAUGGAUGGCCCAUUUGCCAAGAAGAGUGAAGAAGGCCUCCAUCUAUCGUCCACAUAAAGAGCAAAAGCUGUCUGUACUGAUCCCUUGUGAUGAGAGCUGGAAGAGGCAAGAGCUGGAAAAAUACCUGCUACAGAAACCCAUUAAAGGCUGGGAAGGAACUCCUAUCCAACAUUUGGGAGCCAUCAUUUACUUGUCCAUGGUAAAAAUCAACUUCACACAGAGUCAGAUAUUUGAAGAAAGAAUUAUGGUUUUAUUUCCAGAUGAUCUUAUUAUACUCUCCACCGAUGAACAGAAAACCAUUGUUCAGUAUGAAGGAAGACUUGCAACUCAAAGCAUCAGAGCUUUGGAAAGAUCAGCUCGUGUAGGGCAUCUUGAGUUUGAAAUCACAGGUAACAUGAUGGAGCCUGUGAAGGUCUCUUGUGCCAAGCCAGCCGAAUACAAAAAGUGGUUUUUCCACCUCCAGAAGCCGGACUAUAAUACCAACACUUUGCCUUCGAAUGGUCAGCUCCCACCAAGACCACCCAAGAAGAGAAGCAGCUGUCGUUACUGAGGUUGUUCCUACACAGUCUUGUGAAUGCACUUCUACGUCAUAGUCACCAGUUUACACUUGAAAAGCAUGAAAACCUCAGAACAGUGAUCCAGAAGACACUACUGAUAUACUGCUUGACUACCUGCACUGGCUUUGAAACUGAGUUAGGGAGUAGCAGGAUUAUGUCUUUCUAAAAUAUUCAUCAUUGGCAUCUCCGCCUCAUGACUCAGCACAAUUUAAAUGGAGGUAGAUGGGCAACCUUUUAGUGGUCUUCUGCUGAUGUUACUCUGAAACUGACUGCAAGAGUAAACAGCCUACAAUCCAUGUUCCCUCCCUCUGUCGUAUACUUGAUAGCAUUGCAGUUGGAAAUCUCAACUUGCUAUGUGGAAAAAUCAUACUCAGUUAUCAUAACUUGCUGCUUCUUUUUGAUAGCAUGUUAGAACUGCAAUGGGUUUGACCAUAAUGGCCACCGGAAAUCAAAAUGUCAAGACUGGAAAACAGAACUCCUCCCAGUAAAACCAGGACACCUUAAGGUGCACUCCUUAUUUUGCCUGUGUUAGUUGAUCUCACCUGUGAGUGAGGUAGGGGUACCAUCACAUGUCCUCAGAGCCUGUGUGCUCUGGCUGUUAUGCUGCUACUGGGAUUUGGGAGCAUGCAGGUAUUGGGUGAAUACGCCAAGCUUGGAAGUUGCAUGUCCAAAGUCAUACUCCAUUCUCACAAACAGAGAUGUCACCUGCAGUGAGAUGCAUUGUGGUUACAGUCACCCAAGGGACUGUAGGCCUGGAUGAGUCACUGCUUUCAGACUGCAAAGGAGUGAAAAUCUAUUUUAAUUAAAUCGGAUCUGGAUUGCCAAUAAGAUUGGCGUUCAUCAUUCAUUCCUUGUGAUUGUCCAGAAAACAUUAGUGAUUUGUAAAAACCUUUUACUAUCCUCCUGUACUUCUAUACUGGAAUGCGCAUGACAAUAAAGGAUAGUCUAUAUUCUAUUCUUGAGCAAUUGCAGUUCACGUGGUAAAGGCAACCCCAGGCUGAACUUAAAUAGGGUGUUCUUGUAUUUUGUUCCCACAACCAGACAGCACAUUUCUACAGGUCCCACUAAUGUACUUUGCAAGAUUUUUUUCUCUAAUGGCAUUGUAAUUUUUACAUUUGGAGGAGAUACAAAUGUCAGUGGUGUGCUGAAGAUUUGUCAAUCAGUGAUGUGAUACCUGAUUGUCAUUUUCUUUACAUGACUCUGCAUGUCAUCAACAUUUACAGAUUACAUUUUUCAAAACAACUUUUUAAAAAAAUCAUCACGUAACCUAUUUGUUGAUGAUGUUUCAUUGUGCCUACUACUUCUUAAAGAAAUAUGAGUGAUAAAGAUCUUUAGUCUUUCAUUGCAAGUUCCAAAACAAGAAACUUACAUUUGGUCAGCUUUCAGAGGAAUAUUAUUCUUUCAUCUGUGGAGCUCACUGCCUUGUAGGUAUUGCUUCAGUUUCAGUUAUAACAAAUGUACACGUAGAGAGUGUGCUUACUCUCUGUAAAGUGAAAUAUGGCUCGGAGAUUCAUGCCUCAUAAAAGAAUCCAUGAUACAAGCCUUCCUUCGUAAUAACUGUGAAAUAAAUUUCUCUUUUAAAACAUAAUUAUUUACAUAUUAUCAUUUAUAGGUAUGAUUUAGGUUUCGGAAUCAUUUUAAUGUUUUCAUUUUCAGAAGGGAUUUUGAUAAAGAUUGUGGGAAGAAUCUGUUUCCAAUGGCAAGAGGGCCGGUAACCAAAGGACACAGAUUUAAGGUAAAGAAGCUGGUGGGCUGGGGGCUUUGGAAUAAAGGGAUUUCUAAUUUAAGUUACAAGUUGGAAUGCACUAUUUGACAGCAGAUUCAACAGUAACUUCCAAAAUGGGAUUGGGCAGGAAAAUCUGUGAGCAAAGAAUGGGUGGAUGGGACCAAUUAGUUCACUCUGAAAGAGAAUCAGCACAGAUGCAAUGAGAUGAAUGGCUUCUCUCUGGACUGCAAGAUCUGUUAUUCAAAUUCCCUACCUUUGAGCGAAGGUUCUUCAAAAUUUAUCAUACUUACUUUUUGCUCACCAAAAAUGUAUUAUCUGUAUCCUAACCAAUGCAAGAAUCCUCAAAAAUCCCAGGCUUUGACAGAUAUUCUUUGUAGGUAAAUGAGUGAGCCAUUUUGGGCAGUAAAGACCCACUCUUCAGGCCCGUGCUCCCAGGAUUGUGGUGAGAAAAUGUCGGCCAAGAUUUUAGCUCAAGCUCCUUUGUGUUGAAUACCAGUGGGCGGAAGGUGUGUACAGAUUUCAGACUCAGUCUUUGUGAAGAAUGGGUGUGCAAUACACUGUUCUUGGCUGGCACCUGAAAAUUGGUUAGUUGUCUGAGUACAGGCAGUUCUUCCAGAACGCGAUAGUUGUGUUCCUGUGCGACCCCAUGCUAUACAAAAAUUGUGUAGUGCAAACAAUACUUAAAGUGUUGGUUACUAACCAUAUUAUAGCCAAUGUGCACUUUACAAGUUUGAGCUUGAGAAACAGCAUUCCCUAUUCACCCAAUUGCAAUAUAGCCAAUUUGUGUCAACAAAAGACGGGACAUAGCAGAACUGCCUGUAUGUUACUAGUACCUGGGAAAGCAUAUGCCUGACACAGGUGCAUGCUUUCAACAGCACAGAAAGUCGAGGAAAGAAGGAAUAUAGAAAUAUAGAUUGUGUGCACAAACUGGCAAGUUACUCUGUUUCUAAGCUCAGUUACAUUUUCAGACUUGACACAUUGAAUUUUCCACCCUGAUUUCUUGAGUAAAUUAUUUUUAUGUUUUCUCUAUGUUGUAUAGAAUUCUCUGUUUUUGAUGCAGCCCAGAUCUGCAAUGAUAACAUUCUGGAGUAUCUUUGUGAUGGCACUUAUUAAGUUAGUAACUCACUUAUUAAUAACUACCAUUACUUAAUUCUGGAAAAUAUCUUUCCUUUUUUAGCAUGGGUCUUCCUUUUGAUUUUUGAUUUAACAUUUUUUUUUCCCUCUCAAAAUUGGUUCAGUGACUUACCUUUGUGUCAGAGGACUGUGUGUUUGAGUCCCAACUGUCCACAUAUGAUCUUGGCUGUCACUUCAGUGCAGUAUUAAGGGAGCAACUGUACUGUCUGAGGAGUCAUCUGUGGGAGUGAGAUAUUAAAUCAAAGUCCUACCUAAUCUCAGGUGUAUUCAUUGUAUAUUAAAUGUUGCCUUGCAUACAGUUGAUGAGUAAUACUUAGAGUUUCACUUGAGUGCUUACAAUGAGACUAUUGAAACGGCUGUAUUUCAGUUAGGAGAUGUACGCUUGUAAUGUUUGGCUCUGUAAAUAAAUGUACAACUGACUAAAA